AAUGCAGUAGAGAAUCACAAAUUGCAUAGCGUCUGUCACAGUAAAUCACAAAUCCCAAAUCUUAAUUUUGUCUGGGUCAUAGGGGAACCUUGAAACCUCCCUUCCAAAGUCACGCUCGUCCCCAGGUAGAUCUGUCAGAUCAGGUUCAGAAAAGCUUCAAGUUUCUGCAGAUCAGAGCAAACUUCCCUUGGACUUUCGCUUUGCUAUUGCUACUGGAGUUUUCGUUUCUUGGUAUUGGGCAAGUUUUCACGUAAAAUUUGUCAACUCAACUCACCAUAAACAGGGUGACUGAGGCUUUAAAACCAUUGGAAGUUCAUACAAUGGCAGGAAUAGCUAUACUUCUGGAUCUAUGGAGGAAAAACCAAAAGCUUAGCUCUGGAUUGCACUCAUCUUCUCACGCCUUUCAGUCUUCUUCUGCCUUUUUCUCUGCCUCUGCUGCUACUGCUGCUACAGCAUCUUUUGUUGCAGGGACUAGUUUUGCCUCAAGAGCUGUGUUUGGUUUCAGGUCACCAGUUGCCUAUUGUGAUGCUGGUGUAGCAAUAUCAGAAGACUAUAUUUCUAAUGUACAAAGUUCUGAAAGGAAUCAGAAUUAUGACGCUCUAAGAUAUAGUACCAAGCAGUAUUAUGUGGAACUUAAACCUCUCCUUUCUGCUUUUGAAUUGAGGGCAUUUGCAAUGACAUCCAUAAGGUCGUUCUUAAUGUUCUAUUUGCCUCUUUUGGAGCCUCGUGCGGAAAUGGAAGAUGAUGAGGAUUUUCUGGAGGAGAAUCAAGAGCACCAUGUUGAUCUAGUUGUUCCCUUCAAAAAAUCAGUGAAGCAAAUCAUCCGUGAGACAACUGUUGUGACCACUAGAAGGAUUUUAGAAAGAAUUGCCGUGCAUUAUGUUUCACAAAGAAUGGCAUGGAAGCUUCUUAAAGAUAUCCCUAGAUCAGCUACUCGCAAGGCUGGAAGGAGCAUGCCUACUAUGGUUUACUUCUACUGUGUGAGCAGAACAACUUUCAGAGGACACAUGCUUGGAGUUGCAGCAUCAUGGCUUGUCCAAGUAGGCAUUGAUUUAUAUCGAUUCUUUACUUCCAUGUUCAAGGAUCAGCAUGAGGAUGUUGAUGUUGAUAAAACCAAGCAAGUUGGAGUUCUUGGACAAAAGAUUUUCAUUGCUACAGUCAGAUGUACUUCAUCUCUAAUUUUUGCCUCCAUAGGAGCAGGGAUUGGUGCGACCCUUUUCCGUCCAUCAUUGGGCCAGUGGAUUGGGUGUGCUGCUGGUGAUUUGGCCGGUCCCAUUAUUGUCGGAUUUUGUGCCGACCAAAUAUUUCAAGUGAAACUUUUAUAGCUAAUUAUAUUUUUUGACAGAUUUUUUACCCGCUUUAAUUAACUGGGGGUACAUUAUGAGUUUGGUGUAUUUGCUACCAUAUCUGAUUCAGCCACUAAAAGUUGCUAGACUUGCUGUCAGCUGAAAAUUUGUAACAUUUUUCCCAUGAUAGAUAAUUCAUUUUUGUUUCAAUAUAA